GUUACGGUGUCAUGCAAUAAUCUGCUUUAACUUGUUUAUUGGGUAACACUUUAGAAUACGGUUCCUUCGUUUAUUGCAGCGCUUGUCCGCUGUUGGUGGUAAUGGCGGCGCUGAUAAGAGGACUGAGAGCUGGAAGAGUCUUGCGGGGUAUUUGUAGUGUUGCAGUUCAAGCCAAACUCAGUCCCCAGUGUAACAAUGUGAGGCGUGGAUUCCAUCGUGCCACCCUGUUACGGGUUGCUGAUGACCGGAAAAGUGACACAUCUGUACCACCUCCAUCCCACCAUGAGGUCCACACAGCUGGAGAGAGCUCAUCCACUUCUGCACAAGGAGAAUCAGCUGAUGCAGCUGCUGGGCAGGGCGACGCACAGCCAAACACCAGUUAUCAAGACCAGAGUGGUGAACACAGUGAGGACUAUGAGACAGAGGAGCAGCUCCAAACUCGGAUCCUGACGGCAGCACUGGAGUUUGUUCCACAGCAUGGCUGGACUGUGGAGGCCAUUGCAGCUGCAGCAGAGACUCUUGGCCUGUCAGCAGCCUCCACUGGGAUGUUCAACAAUGGAGCCGGAGACUUGGUCUUACAUUUCAUUUCGCAGUGUAACGCGCAUCUAACAGAGACACUCGCAGAGCAACAUAACCAAGUGCAACUUGGCCACACAGAGCCAAAGGAAACGGCACAAUUUCUGAGAGACGUGGUGGAGAUGAGAUUGCGGAUGUUGACUCCUUACAUUGACACAUGGCCUCAGGCUAUGAGCAUCCUUCUCCUACCCCACAACAUCCCUGACAGCCUGAAGCACCUAUCAACAAUGGUGGAUGACAUCUGGUACUAUGCAGGCGAUCGCUCAACAGACCUGAACUGGUACACCCGGCGGGCGGCACUGACCGGGAUCUAUAACACCACAGAGCUGGUGAUGGUGCAGGACUCAUCUCCUGACUUUGAGGACACCUGGGCCUUUCUCAAUAACCGUAUAAAAGAUGUAGUUAACAUAGCUAAUACUGCUAAACAGGUGCAAGCCACAGGAGAAGCUCUGGUUCAAGGAUUUAUGGGAGCUGCAAUUACGCUGAAGAACCUAACAGGGAUGGACCAGAGACGAUGAAUCCAUUUCUGUCUCUGCUCCUGUCUUGCGUCUCAUCUACUACUCAUUGACCCCCUUAGCCAAGCAGCACAAAUGUCUGACACCUCACUCAACAGCUCUAGAUCAAUAAAACUGAAUGAAAUGAUCACAAUGGCAGAGGUUGUGUUCAAAUGCAUGGUUUAUUAUCACGGUAACACUUAACAACAAGGUUCCACUGGUUAACAUAAUUUAAUGCAUUAGGUAUCAUGAACUAACAAUGAACAAUAUUUUUUUUUCAGCAUUUAUUAAUCUUUUUUAAUGUUAGUUAAUAGAAGUACAAUUGUUCAUUGUUAGUUCAUGGUGUAUUAACUAAUGUUAACAUACACAAACUUUGAUUUGAAAAAUGUUUUAGUAUAUGGUGAAAUGGAUUAUUAAAUGGGUCAGCUGGGCCAUAACUAACUCCUCUGUCCAUUUUAUAAGCAGAUUCCCAUGAGUAAUAAUAGUUUCUGUUGAAAGGUCAUUAGUUACUAGGAGUUAUUUCUACUUUAAUAAAACCAUGAUCCCUUACUAAAAAGUGCUGUGCAGGUACCAUGAUACAGUGAUUGUGUCAGAUGUUAACACUACAGUGCUUUUAUAUAUAUAUAUAUAUAUCACUAAUUUAACCUGGUUACUAUAUUCAUGUAACAUGGUAUUUAUAUUGUUCUCCAAAUUUCUUUAAACAGUACUAUGGUACUACUAUGGUACCAUGUCCAAAUAUGUUUUUUGGUAGUGGUAGUAGCCACUAUUUUAAUUAACCAAUUAAUAAAUAAAAUAAAAACAAA